AUGGCAGCAGCUCCCCCACCUCCACCUCCUGGUCUCAAUUACAUCGCUGUAAUAUCGCCGGUAUUACACAGCGUACUGAUCGGUCACUCGUUCUUGGUCCUCUUUGUGCCGCUUGUGUGUGGACUCUUGUUCUUUUCUACCACAAACACACGUCGCCAGCCCGUGUUCCUCCUCAACAUUUUCAAUAUCUGCUUGGCUAUCGCAGUCGGGAUUAUGCUUGACUAUCGCGGUGUUCGGCUCACCCUGGACCCUCUGUCAAACUUCCCGUACCCAUUCAACCUGUCGAUCAGUAUCAUGGGCAUCAUCCAAUCACUGCUCAUCGACGUGAUCCUCCUCAUCCGACUGGUCUCCGUCUACCCACGCGACUUAGUUGGCACACGGCGCUUCGUAUUGAUCAUUACGCUUCCGGUCCUGCUCAAGGUCGGCCGGUUCAUCAACCUUGUCCUGCUGAGCAAAACACUCGUCGCGCUGAGCUCCGGUCCAAACGCGGAGGCGACGAUUCUACAAAAAUGGGCACAUGCCCCUUACAUCAAGAUCGAGUGGUUUGGACAGCUGAUUGACGUAAGCUUUUGGUCGAUGUAG